CCUCACAACGGCCCCGAGCAGUCGCUGCCUCGCCGCGUCUUGUCGUGUCGAGCGUUGUUUAAUUUCAGCAGCCGCGCCAGACUUGCCACGGCGGCGAUCGCGGAGUUCCCUCUUUCCGGGGUUCUCGUGCCCCGUUCGACGCGAUGGACAUGGACUGCGUGGACCCUUUCCGCCGUCGCUAUCCCGGCGUUCCGAUGCAAACCUUCGCCGGCCACCAGCAAGCGCAUCCCCCGACCGCCCAGCACCCAUACUGGAACCCGCUUAUGGCCUACUAUCAACAGCAGCAUCGGGCUGCUGUAAUGCUGGGCCAGGGGAGUAUGCACCUUUCCAAGCCGGCGGAGCCUAAGCCGAGGCUGGCGAAGGACGAGGUAGAGCUGCUAGAACGGGAGUUCGCCAAGAACCAGAAGCCAACCAGCAGCACCAAGCGAGAGCUGGCCGAGCAGAUGGGAGUUGAGGUGCCGAGGAUAAAUAACUGGUUUCAGAAUCGCCGCGCAAAGGAGAAGCAGUUGAGGAAGACGGCCGAGUUCGAGGCGCAACAGGCGCGGGAGAGAGCGGCUUCCGAAGCCAAGUCGAGCAGCGAUCAGGAUCAGGGCGCUGCUGCGAACGGCGAGCGCUGCGACCCGAACGACCAGCAACAAUCCCGAGGCCUGUCCAAGGCCCCCUGCGCCUCAAGCGACGGGACUGCCGGAACGACCGAGAGCGAGUAUCCUGUACUCAAAACCGAGCUCGCCGACAAAGCGGCUCAGCCUUCCGCGCCUCCCGUCCCAGCAUGCGAGAGUCCAGCGGGUUCCGACAGCGGUGGUUUCGCCCACGUCGAGUAUGGCUCGUCCGCUGCGUCGGCCCACUCGACGCCCGGCAUGGCCGACCUGGCGCCGCCUCCUGCCAUGGCCAGCUCCGGCGACACACGACCCCAAAUCGAGUUUUCCGAACAGACGGCCUUUCCCUUUAGGCUCACCGACGCAACAACGGCCGAAGGCCUGUCUAGUCCCGGCUUCGAUGCGCUGGCCUCCCACAACUCCAUCGCUAUCAACGACGCCAGCACGUUCAGCCCGUUCGCCGAUCAGGACUACUUUGCCACUCCCGCGGUUACGACGGUGGCGUCGAGCGCACCGACCCCUGUCGACAAUCAUCUGCUUAGGAACCACAUAUCAAUGGAGAGCCUUGCGACGUCCGACGCUGUCUCGCCGGUCUCGAUGCCUGGCUCGCCCUCGACCGUGUCGAAUAUGCGCUUUAAGUCCCCGCCACCUCCCGCCGAUAUCGCGGGUCGACGGAAAAGCAGGCGGCCGGCGCCGCUCGGGCUGUCAGCGCUGAGGGGCGGUCCUGGGCCCAAGACGGGCGUUGAGGUGACGAGGCGCGCGGACACGGUGAGCCCCAUGAGACGGAUUUCGUCGGCAACGGGCCUGUAUGGGCGGGUGCAGAAGUCGUUCACGGGGCCGGGCGGCCCGCGGUCGCCCUUCGCCAUGGAUUGGAACAAGGAGGCUCUUCUCCAGAGCCUUCAGGAAACGCAGAGUACGGCAGUGCCCCCGUUGAACAGCGCCGCGUCGCCGAUGAGCAUGGAAGCUAUGCUCGGCUCAAGCUUGGGAGAAUGCGUGCCUGGCGGGAACAGCUCGGAAGACGAGCCAGGCUAUCCGUUCGGUUCGUUGGGUGCGGUAAGCGGAGUUCCCCUGUACCACGCCGAGUCCGCUAUCAAGUCCCCGCCGGGAACGCCAGGCCUGCCCAUGGGCUUCCACGAAAGCUAUUUCCCGAGCUCGCUCGACCACACGUGGAACUACGUGCAGCAGGACGAGCCGUUGCCGACGCCGAGUCUCUGCAGCCACGGCGGAUCCGAACUCGAGUUCUCGAUGGCCCCUCCGCUCCCAGGCUAUGUGGCCAGCCAACCGGUUACGCCCUCGUUCCCGCCAAACAUGGGCCCGACGUACACCGGUUUCUUUGGCAACAGCAUGGGCCAGACCGAGUAUCACUUUCCCGAGUCGUACCCGGCCGAGUCUUCCGCCCGCUCCUCGCCCGUGGCACCCGCGAGGUCGAAACAGUUCCAGUUCGCUCAGAACGUCACACCGCAGGACUUCAGCUCCGACAAGCCAUGAAACGCUCGGCUAUGAACGGCUGAUGUAUGCCCCCACCAACAAACGCAGGUGCUCCCGGGUCGCGGGAGACCGCGGUGUACCAACAGCAUUCCUUUCUCUUCCUUUUUCUUUCUCCAGCCUCUUCGGCUCGCCACAUUUGGAAUCAAAGCCU